AUGGCCGCCGCGGUGCCGACCCCCCGCUGCCCGCGGGGCCCCCUCGCCGCCGAGCGGCAGCUCGGGGAGGCGGCGGGCUGGCCCGCGCUCGGCAGCGACGGCGAGUGCAGCGCCUGCGCGCCCCUCUCCUCGCGACAGGUGACGCCGGGGUCCAGCGGCGCCCUGGGGCCCCCGCUGCACGCCGCCCUCGCCGCCCUGCCGCACUUCGGCGCCGCCGCGGCGCCCGCCGGCGAGGGCGAGAGCGAGGACGAGGCGGAGGCCGCGGGCCGCAUGGCCGCCUGCGCCCGCCGCCUGGCGCUGGGCGCUGCGCGCGCCGCCCCGGCGGCGGCCGGGACGCGCGGCGGCGAGGCCCAGGCCGACAGAGCCGCGGGUGCGCCCGGCCUGUGA